GGGUUUUCUGUCUGCAGCCAUUUCUCUCUCUGUCUUGCAUCGCAAUAUGAUCAUCGUACUGCGGGGUUUUUUAAGUAAACUCUUCGUUAAUUAACGCCGCGUGAUGCUUUAUUGAUCAAUAACGUCAACUCCGCCCCUCGCCGAUACAUAACACUCUUGUGUAUAUGUACUGCGACAAAAGCGCGCCAUUUUUUACUCGGGUCGACCAUUCACAGUUUAUUAAAUGGCUAAAUUGGAUAUUUAUUCGUCAGGGGUUGUUUCUCUCGACUAGUUGUGAGUUAGACAAACACCGAUCAACACAUCCCGAAUCGCGUGAUAUUAACCUGGCCGCAGUAAACCGACGGUGAAAGAUAAACGAAAAAGCCAAUCUGUCGUUGUAUUGGGCACUAUUCAAUUUCCGAGCAAUUUUUUUCGGCUGCAGUUGACACCCGGCGCUUUUUAGCCUUUUUGGUUGUACAAUUUAUGACUGCUGUUAAACUCAAUUGGCUCGAAAAGAGAUGUGACUUUGAUCAAUCGUGCACAACAGCCAUGGCAUGCGUCUGUAGUAUAUGAACGCGUGCUCUACAUGGAAAUCGCUGAGGAUGCCGUUCGGACGCAAGACGGAUAAUCCCGCUGUUAAGCGCUCAUCCUAUUAUGUGUGUUUUAUUGGUGCGAAAGAAAGCUCCGUCAUUCGGGAUCAUAAUAAUGGACACGAGUUCGUUUAUCCGGCGAUGCACUAUCUGCUGCGCAGUCUCAUGGAAAAUGGACCUCUCGCUAACGCACCCAAAAUCACCUUGCAGGUGAGCGCAAAGGGCCUAAAAAUCAUUCAGAAUGUCAGUAGACAAGCACUAACGCCCUCCCGAACCGGCUUGACGCAGGGGAACAACAACAAUGUUAAAACGGAUACUUUGCGACACAGCAUUCCGCAUCACUGCAUCACAUGUGCUUACCAGGGAGAACCGCCGUACGAUGAUUUGGUGGCCACCAUUCUGCUAAUCUUCAACCCGGCCACUCACUGCCCGGUGCACAUCCACGUGUACCGCUGUGAUUCAUCCAAAACGGCCACACUGCUAACCCACCAGCUGGCCGUCAUGGCCGAGCGACCGGAAAAUCAAACACGGUUCGCCGCCAUCGAAGAGCGUCUGCGUGGCCGCGGCCUGCUCCAUCCCAUCAGUUUGCAGCAGUCGACCCCCGGCGGCGAGUACCGCAACGGCACACCGAACAGUCGCGGCGGCGGAGCGGCUGUAUUGUCCGACGGCCAGAGUUCCGGCCGAACCAGCAGUAGUCCGGAAACCAGCGAGACCGGGAAGGGCAAGCGGCCCUUAUCACUGACCUCAUCCACCGAGAACAAAGAUCACAUCAUUCCACUGGACAAGGUGGCGCAAAACGCCGAUAAACUAGCUAUGGAGCUGAAAGAACGAUUAAAAACCCGCGAUACGAAUCCCAUUCUGUUGCCACCCAAAGACUACGAUACAGUUAACCGCGGUCGAGGUAAAACCGGCAUCAAGGUCACUGCCGCCGAGGAGGGGUCGGAAUCGGAAGCUGCUAAGCCGGCUGAGAGUAGCGUGGCCAAAAACAGUAUCGAAGGCGCGGAAGACGACGACGAGUGGAAUAUCCACGAGGAGGAAGAGGACGACGUGGUUAGUCGCGAGCAUCCCGUGAUUACCAAAGCGGAUCUGGGCACGAACGGCUUCCAGGAACGGAUGAAGCGUUACUGCUCCAUGAACGAUGUGUUCGGGGAGAGCGUAAAUAAUGGCGCUUAUAUGGCGCCGAAGAUCCCCGAUGUCGGCUCACCGGCGGCGGCGGCGGCGGCACCGACUGGUUCGGAUGCUAGCGCGGCGUAUCGUCCGCGACCGUACUAUUUCAGUACCGUGGAGGAGAACGAAAAGGGCAAGGUAAAGACCAGUAGUAAAACAGCACUGGUGGCCGAGUUCCGGAAUAAACCGGUACAAGAAAUCACGGAGGGUGACAUUACAGCGUCGCUACGCGAAUCCCAGAUGAUCGUGCAGUCGUACGUACGGCCGUCGAUGCCGUUGAAGCGCAAUCAGCGACCCGUGGUCAAUGAGCGCAUUCGACCGGCUUCCUUCUACGAACGGAUUCGAUUCGACGAUCAGGAUUUUCAAGAGGGACGCUUUGUCAGGCCCGAACUGAUCUAUUACCAGUACCGCUGCUGAAGUGGCACCGCAGUCUAGAGAGCCUUUCAAAAAAUACGUUUUCUGAUAUAAUAUUUAUCAAUAUAGAUAUUUAUUACAAUAUUGUGUGCUGGUCAUGGUGCGUGCAUAUGUUCACCGCACUGAUUCAUGGCGAUAAUUGUUAGAUUUGGUCACAAAAUGUGUCUGUUUCCGAUAUACAGAUGGUCUGAUUUUAUUUACAUUGGCGCUUUACCUAUUUUUACAUGCAGUUAUGGCAUUUUGUGCUUUGUCAACGCUUUCUGAAGUAUGAUGGCGCUAAGGCAAAAAUAGAAAUAUAUAUGGAUUAAUGACGACGACAAA